AUGGUGAGAUUUUCAUUUUAAAUUAUUAAAAAUCAAGAAACUCCAAACUUAAUCUGCUCCUUCGAUAAUAUUCGAUAUAUUUUCAAUCUCCCUGAUGGAUUUUAAAGAUUUACUAAAGACAAUUAUGUGAAAAUCAACCCAGGACCUAGAAUAUUUUUCACAAGAUUAAGCACAUAGACAACAACUGGAUGCUUCGGAUAUUUAUCAACAUUAUUAGCAUAAAAUUGCGGUAUCAAUACAAAAAUGUAUGGACCUAAAGGAUUAUACAAAUUAAUCAAUAUGAAAAGAUAUAAUGAAAUAGGGGGAUUUAAAACCCUACCCUAUUCAGUUUAAGAAUUUAAUGGAAAAUGUUUAUUGGGAACCAAAGAUACAAAAUUAAUUGAAGAAUUACUUUAAUAAAACGAUUGUAAAUUAUAAGAAUAUCUUGAAAAAAUAAAAGAACAUGUUAUCGAUCCAAAAGAAUCAAAUAAUGCCGCUAUUUACAUGUAAAGUCCUACUAUUUUUAAAGAUGAAAAUGUAAAAAUAUAAGCAAUCGAAAUAAAUGAUACCAUCUAAUAUAUAAUAUCAUCAUUUACUUAACCAGGUAACUUUAUCAAAGAGUAGUUAAAAUAAUUUAAUGUACCUGGAAAUAAAAUGUAGGAAUUGUCUAAAAAUGGUUAAGUUACUUUGGAAAAUGGUGAUAUUGUAACAAUAGAUUAGGUAAAGGAACCAGAAGUGAUUCCAUAGACAGUAAUUAUUUUAGAUAUUGCAAAUUAAGAAUAAAUGCAAAAACUGAUGGAGCAUCAAGAUUUGGUUAGAACUUUUGAGUAAUUUAAUAAGAAAUAAAGUAAUUUAGUUGCAAUAUUUCAUUUAUCGCAUGAAAUUUAGGAACAAUACUAUAUUGAUUUUAUUUAAAAGCACUCAAAUAUCAAUCAUGUAUUGUGUAACUAUAAAAAUGAAACAAAUGAUUAGGUUGUUUAAACCCAUAUGAAAAUUCAGCCUUUAUCUGAGUUAUUGUCAAAUUUAUUGCAUGAACAGUUUCCAUCUACUUUUCCACUUAUUGAAUAAUAAACAUUAGCUCCAAUACCAAAAGACUUAAUCAAAAUAAAUUAGAUUUUUGGUUAUGUCCCUCUUUUUGAAUACUUAAUACUUCCUGUAAAAUAAUAAGGUUAUAAACCAGUUUAAAACUACUAACCAAAAGAUAUAUUUCAAAUGUUUAAAAACGUUAAAUUUUAAAAUAAAGAAAAAUAAUUAUUAUAAAAGGGCAAUGAUCAUUUGAGAUUGAUUUUUUUAGGUACAUGCUCAAUGAAACCUGGAUAAUUAAGAAAUGUUUCUGGGAUAAUUUUGAUGAAUGAAAAAUUGAAUUCAAAUAUAAUUUUAGAUUGUGGAGAAGGAACUUAUAAAUAGAUAACAGAUGAAAAAAUAAUGCUUAAUAAUAAACCAUUGAUUAUUUGGAUUAGUCAUGCACAUAGUGAUCAUCAUUUAGGCUUAUUACAGAUAACAUAUAAUUUACGUAAUAGCCAAAAGGACAUAUAUUUAAUAGUACCAGCAAUUGUAGUGCCUUGGCUAAUGUAUUUUCAGUAAAUUUUAGGAGAAUAGCGUAAUUGGAAAAUUAUUGUAUCACAAUAGUUUGAUGAAGAAUUUAAAGAUGAUAUAAACUAACUUAUAAUAGAUUGUUUUAAUUAAUGUAGAAUAAGAUAAGGUGAUUAAGUUUAAAUUGAAAAUGAAUAGAAUUUCUAUAAAAAUUAUAAAGAUCUUUUAGAUUGUUUAAAAGACUAAUUUGAAUUAGAUUCAAUAAAAGUUACACCUGUGGAACAUUGCCCAUAAUCUUAUGGAGUAAGAUUAAAUUUAUGUGAUGGAAGAUCUAUAUCUUAUUCUGGGGAUACAAGACCAUGUGAUAAAUUUGCAAAAUUAUCAAAAAAUGUUGAUGUUCUUAUUCAUGAAUCAACUUUUACAGACGAUUUAUAAGAAAAUGCACUUUAAAAUAUGCACUCUACUAUUUCUGAAGCAAUCAAAAUAGGUAUGAUAGCUAAUGCAAACGUGAUUACAUUGACUCAUUAUUCUCAAAGAUAUUCAAGAUAAAUUGAAAUUAAUUAAGAGAACUUGGAAAAUGAGAAAGUAGUUUUUUCGUGUGAUCAUUUUGGAGGAUAUUUAAAUGAAUAUUCUACAUUAAGCGAAUUAAGUAAAUAGAUUAUAUAAUUAUUUAAUGAAUGA